UCGAUAGAAAUCCCAGCUCUAAAGAUACGUGAAAAUAUGAUUUUUGAAGAUCUAUUGUCAAAUCUAUCCACGAACCCAUAUUUUGGGGCUGGAUUUGGAUUGUUUGGAAUUGGUGCUGGUGCUGCAAUACUAAGAAAAGGAUUACAGGGCAGUCUAAUUCUCUUUCGCCGUCACUUAAUGAUAACAUUAGAAGUUCCGUGUAGGGAUAAAUCGUAUCAAUGGCUUCUAAAAUGGAUAUCAAUAAAGGGAGCUCGAAAAACACAACACUUAAGUGUUGAGACGUCUUUUACGCAAAACGACAACGGUCAAAUAAAAACUAGCUAUGCAUUUAUUCCAAGUGUCGGAAAACAUGUAUUCCAGUAUAAAGGUAAUUGGAUUCAAAUUGAACGGACUAGAGAGCAACAAACAUUAGACCUUCACAUGGGUAUACCUUGGGAGUCAGUGACUUUAACGGCUUUUGGAAACAAUAAACAUAUAUACUACGAUAUAUUGGAAGAAGCACGCCAACUUGCACUACAAUCUACUGAAGGAAAAACUAUAAUGUACACAGCAAUCGGUGCCGAAUGGAGACCUUUUGGGCAUCCUCGACGACGGCGUCCCAUAUCUUCAGUUAUUUUAGAUGAAGGAAUCUCCGAAAGAAUUAUUGUUGACUGCAAUGAUUUCAUUCACAAUUCAAUUUGGUAUACACAGCGCGGAAUUCCUUAUCGAAGAGGUUAUUUGCUAUAUGGACCACCGGGAUGCGGUAAAUCCAGCUUUAUAACAGCACUGGCGGGUGAGCUUGAAUACAGUGUUUGCUUGUUAAAUUUGUCUGAUAAGGGUCUUACUGAUGAUAGACUGAAUCAUCUUUUGAAUGUGGCUCCUGAACAAACAAUAAUUCUACUUGAGGAUAUUGAUGCGGCUUUUGCUUCUCGAGAAUCCACUUCCCAUCAAAAAUCUGCAUAUGAAGGAAUGAAUCGAAUUACAUUUAGUGGAUUAUUAAAUUGUUUAGAUGGUGUCGCAUCAACAGAAGCUAGAAUAGUUUUCAUGACAACAAAUUAUCUAGACCGAUUGGACCCUGCCCUAAUUCGUCCUGGCAGAAUAGAUGUAAAAGAAUAUGUUGGCCAUUGCACCGAUCAUCAGCUGAAAGAAAUGUUUAAAAAGUUUUUUGAAAAUAGCGACGACGUGGAAGUUUCUAAAUUUGUAAAGGGAGUAAAGUCCUUACAUCGCUCCGUUAGUCCAGCUCAAAUACAAGGAUUUUUUAUGAAACAUAAGUCGUCUACACCUCUAACGGUUAUUAAUUCUUGUAAUGAUAUCUUCGAUAAUGGUUUAAAUUGAUAUAUAACAGCAAUAAAAUGAGAAACUAAAAAGCAAAAACAGAGACUCCUACCUUCAUUACUCCUUCAAGGUAACAAUUUCCCGAACAAAUAAAUCAAAUUGAAAUUACACUAA